AUGAGUUUCUCCACUAGAAAGGUUUCGCCACUCGAUCAAUUAAGGGGUAAGGCAGGGCAAGUGAUUGACCACCAAGAGAAAAAAUCUGAGGUUUUGGUUCUGCGUGAAAGAGGAAAUAGCACUGCAUCUUUCGAUUCGGUACAAACGACAGAAAGGUUGUUGGAUCGUCUUGAUUUGAACGAAGAGGAUGAAGCGUUACUGCAGCAAGCUUUGAAGGAAGCACAGGCGCACAAUUUAGAUGGCUUCACCAUCAAAAAACAUGAAAAUCGAGCGGUUUGUGUUCCGGCUUCAGGAUUCCCGUCUCUGAGGAAAAGUAGCGGGUCUAGCGUUCAAUCCGAGGGUAGCGAAUACAAGCCACUCAUGAAUAUACUCAAAGAGUUAUCAGAGAAAGAGAAAAUAACACUUUCUAAGAAAAAACAGGUAGAAUUGCAUUUACCCAGAAGCAGAUACUCAUACUUUGUCGAGGAAGAAAGUGAUGGGGAUCAAAAUGGGGAUUUCGACUUCCAAAAUCGCACAAUAAAUUUCGAGAAUUACAGAACGAGAAAUGGGACCAGGCUACCGGCAACAAAAUCUGUAUCUCAUACGUCGGAGUCUGAUCCUGUCUCUGAAAAUACGUCCACGCCUUACCGUCUCCCUUCAAAAGACUCAGCUAUGAACUCAGGAGCGCACCCAUUGGCUAAUAUACCCGGCUCGGGCAGCUCUUCUUCGCUGGAGACCAAGGGUCUCAUAAAACGCAGCACACAGUCUUCGAUAGACAGCGAGAUAUCGAGGGAAAGCGAUAAGAGAUCCAAACAAGUGGACGAGGCUCCAAAAUGGAAGUUUUCGACCCCGAUGAAGACAGGGUCGGCUUCUGCUUCAAGACAAACUUCAGUAUCGCCUUCCAAGCGAUCAAGCGAACAUCACAAAGGACAUAAAAAAACACCCUCAUCUUUUUUCAAAAAUUUCUUCAAAUCCCCCAAGGUCAGCGAAUCGCGACCCGAAAUGAUUAAAGUUAAAUCUACAGGGUCGACUCCAAUGUCGACUCCGCCAAGUAAUAAGUUUCAGUUUCCGGUACCGCAACUGGAAACCGCUAGUUCCCCAGGGUCGCGUGCUGCUCAUCCUCCACUGACAGCAUCGUCAGACCUGACUCCUCAAUUCCCGCCCCGGACCCACUUGCAUUUUGAUCACAAUCGGGCGUCUUCAGAUCCAAACGUUCUGGUUUCUCGAAGAAGUGAGAUGGAGGGCUAUAAACGCGGCGAACCCCAUGAAGAGCACGCCACACAUUUUGGUCUUGUGCGGCCCAAGACACACGAAGCGGCGAUACGGCCGUCACAAAAAGAGCUUCAUCUAAAUACCGACGCCAGAAUAAGAAUGGUAAUAGAGCUAAGGAAUCGCGGUAACUUGAAAGCAUCAACGGAGCAUUUGAAAGCGUUGUGCGAGAUGCAAAACCCAACAGGAUUUCUUCUUUACGGACUAGCCCUUAGGUACGGUUCAGGUGUCGAUAAAGACUACCCGCAGUCGCUCCAUUAUCUCAAAAAGGCAGCCGACAUACGCUCAGAAGAGGACGAGAUUUUUGUCUUGGACAUAGAUCCGUUCAAGCUCGCACACGUCCCACACGUGCCGCCAGAACCCAGGGCUCCUGCAUUGUACGAGUGCGGUAUGGCGUAUCUCAAGGGCUACGGGGUAGCAGAAGUGGACGAGAUAAAAGGCAUAAAGUAUCUCGAGAAAGCUGCUUCCUUGGGUCACCUGGAUUCGAUGUGUUUGAGUGGCACUCUGUGGUCCAAAAGUUCCGAAAAAAAAACCAAAAACAAAGCCCGCGCUGCGGCGUGGUUCCGAUUGGCUGAUAGACGAGGAGCAGAUCUCAUAGGCGCCGAUUGGAUAUACAAAGACAAGUAUCAGAGUCGAAGCAUCGACAGUUUGUAA